AUGUAUCUUUUUGCAGAUGUAGAUGAGUGUGCUGAAGGAUCUGAUGACUGCCAUGCAGACGCCAUUUGUCAAAAUACUCCAAAGUCGUACAAAUGCAUGUGUAAACCAGGUUAUAGUGGAGAAGGAAAAACAUGUGAAGACAUUGAUGAAUGUGACAAUGACUUCAAUGGAGGAUGUGUGCAUGAAUGUUUCAACAUUCCAGGCAAUUAUCGUUGUGCAUGCUAUGAUGGCUUCAUGUUGGCUCGAGAUGGUCAUAAUUGUCUUGAUACAGAUGAGUGCUUGUUUAACAAUGGAGGCUGCCAACAUGUUUGUGUCAACACAGUGGGAAGCUAUGAGUGUCGUUGCAAUGAUGGAUUCUUCCUUAGUGAUAACCAGCACACAUGCAUUCAUCGUUCAGAAGAAGGAAUGAGCUGCAUGAAUAAAGAUCAUGGCUGUGCCCAUAUUUGCAAAGAAGCUCCGAAAGGAGGAGUGGCCUGUGAAUGCAGACCUGGGUUUGAACUGGCCAGAAACCAGAGAGACUGUAUUUUGACUUGCAACCAUGGGAAUGGUGGCUGUCAGCAUACAUGUGAAGAUACAGAUGACGGGCCUAUUUGUGGUUGUCAUCCAGAAUAUAUUGUGCAUUCCAAUGGAAAAACCUGUCUUGAGAAAGAGGAGGCUGGAACAGAAAUCUCUGAAAAUAAUGCUACAGCUGGAACAGAUGUAGACAAGCGAGUGAAACGACGGCUGCUCAUGGAAACUUGUGCUGUAAAUAAUGGUGGAUGUGAUCGCACUUGUAAAGAUACCUCAACCGGAGUUCACUGCAGCUGCCCUGUUGGAUUUACACUUCAGUUUGAUGGGAAGACUUGUAAAGAUAUUGAUGAAUGCCAGGCUGAUAAUGGUGGAUGUGAUCAGUUCUGUAGAAACACUAUUGGUAGUUUUGACUGCAGCUGCAAAAAAGGCUUCAAAUUAUUAUCUGAUGAAAAAUUAUGUCAGGACAUUGAUGAAUGCUUGUUCGAAAGGACAUGUGACCAUAUAUGCAUCAAUCACCCAGGCACUUUUGAGUGUACUUGCAACCAAGGAUACACACUCUAUGGCUUUACACAUUGUGGAGAUAUUAAUGAGUGCAGCAUCAACAAUGGAGGGUGCCAGCAUACCUGCCUAAAUACACUGGGGGAUUAUCAGUGCCACUGUAAUGCUGGCUACAAACUACACUGGAACAAAAAGGACUGUGUUGAAAGGUCCCUGCCUGAUGUCACUUUACCCAAAGUAACUCUGCACUGCAGUAAAACAGAUGGAAGUGAUAGGUGCUUUUUAAUCUGCCCCUCAGAAGUCCACUUAAUUUCUGGCCUGGAAGAUUCCUAUACUAUAAAAUGUGGCAGCCCUUUUCCACUUAAGAAAAAAGUACAAAAUACAAAUGAGUCUGCUGCAUUAGACUUCUCUGCCAUCAGGACAAGUGUAAUCUUUAAGUUUAAUGAAGGAAAAUGUAACUUGAAAAAGAAUAACAUGUUUCAAGAUGCUCUGCACCAUGUAAUACCAGGGAAGCAUAAUUCAAUAAUGGAGAACUUCUACUAUGUAAACUUCACAUGCAGCUCUGGCAAGAAAGCUCUUGGGGAUCUCAGCAGACUGAAGGCAGCUAGAGAAAUGUUUAUCUCUAUGGACUUUGAGCUUGAAACAAACCAAAAGGAGGUGACAGACACAUGCAGUUUGAGCUGUGCACGUAAAAGAACCGAGAAGAGGCUACGUAAAGCAAUUAGAACCUUGAGGAAGGUGAUCAACAAAGAGCAAUUUCAUAUUCGCCUUUCUGGUGUGGAUCAUGAGGUGACCAGAAAAUCUUCCAGGAUACUUGAUACUCAGGAGCCCUGUGGCCUGGGUCAAAGGCAUGUGGAUAACAGAUGUGCUAGCUGCAGCGUUGGAACAUAUUAUCAUGAUGAGCAAGAAGGAUGUGUUUUAUGUCCCAAUGGAACUUACCAAGACAAUGAAGGCCAAAUAACUUGUGAACCUUGUCCAAAUCUUCACAAUCCGGGAAAUCUAAAAAUUGCUGGAGCUCGAAAUAUAUCUGAGUGUGGAGGACAGUGCUCACCUGGUGAAUAUUCCUCUGAUGGAUUUAAGCCCUGUCUUCUAUGUCCUUUUGGAAUGUAUCAGCCUGAAGCAGGCCGGACAUCUUGUUUUACCUGUGGUGGAGGCCUGAUGACUAAACAUACUGGUGCAGUAUUGUUUCAGGACUGUGAGACAAAAGUGCAAUGCUCGCCUGGCCAUUUCUACAACACUACAACACAUCGAUGUAUCCGUUGCCCAGUUGGGACAUACCAGCCUGAGUUUGGGCAAAAUUACUGCAUUUUAUGCCCUGGAAACACAACUACUGAUUAUGACGGAUCCACAAAUGUGACACAAUGCAAAGACAGGCACUGUGGUGGUGAGCUUGGAGAUUUUACAGGAUACAUUGAAUCCCCAAACUAUCCAGGAAACUACCCUGCAAACACUGAGUGCAUCUGGACUAUAAAUCCACCUCCUAAACGCCGAAUUCUGAUUGUGGUUCCAGAAAUAUUUUUGCCAAUAGAAGAUGAUUGUGGAGACUACCUAGUGAUGAGGAAAAGUGCUUCCUCCAAUUCUGUGACCACAUAUGAAACCUGCCAAACCUACGAACGCCCAAUAGCCUUCACUUCCCGGUCUAAAAAGCUAUGGAUUCAGUUCAAAUCAAAUGAAGGAAAUAGCGCUAAAGGAUUCCAAGUCCCUUAUGUAACGUAUGAUGAGGAUUAUCAGGAACUAAUAGAAGAUAUAGUCCGUGACGGUAGAUUGUAUGCAUCAGAGAAUCAUCAAGAGAUCCUUAAGGAUAAGAAGCUGAUAAAAGCGUUGUUUGAUGUCUUGGCACACCCACAGAACUACUUCAAGUACACAGCACAAGAAUCCAGAGAGAUGUUUCCAAGGUCUUUCAUUCGGUUGUUGCGCUCUAAAGUCUCCAGAUUUUUGAGGCCUUAUAAAUAGCAAACACUAUACUUUGAAAAUUUUUUAAAAUCCCAACUGUACAGCAGGAAAUUUUAAAACAUAGGUUUUCUGUGAUAGCGCAGUCUUCAGGAAGCUUGACGGCUAUUUGUAUACAUUAUGUACAUUUUUAAAUUAAAAAUAUAACUAUUUCA